AUGAGGCGCAUGACCUUCGCCGAUAUCUAUGCGAUACGUAGUAUCGAAAAGGACAGGUUCACCGAACUCUAUGGCUUCGCCGAGUAUUUGAUGUUCCUAGUUUAUUACCCUAACCUGUGCCUAGUUAUCGACGUUGAUGGCGAACUUGCCGCCUUUAUAAUUGGCAAAACGGAAAUAGAGAACGGGGACACAUACGGACACGUCUCGUCCUUGGUAGUGCGUCCGGCGUUCAGAAGGCAAAAGUUUGCGACGCGGUUGAUGCAGGAGUUUGAACGGGUGUGUCGCGAGGAGCUGCGCUGCGCAUUCGUAAACUUUUUCGUCAAUCCGGAUAACAAGGCCGCGUUGGCGCUCUACGAGAAGCUGGGGUACCGCGUACACUGCAGGCUCCCGAAGUACUACAACACCGAAAACGACGCGUAUGAUAUGCGCAAGCCGAUAAACGCAGAAUCGUCGUGA